UCAACACUUACAAUAAAUUGCAGCAAACAAAAUUAUCGAUAUCGAAAAAUACUGAGCGCAUCACUCAACAGCAUAGGGGUCAGGCCUUCAAACAUGCGAAGGAGGGCCAAUACAAAUCAUAUAAGCCUUAAAUAUCCUUAUGUUAAUCGUAAACGAAGUAGUGAGUGCACGCACUUUGACACUAUAUGACAUAAAUAUAUUAUGUCACAUAACUUUAUAUGAAGUUUUAUAGUUUAGUGAUGUCCUAGACCUAUAUUUUGUCGAUAAAUACAUCGAUGUUAACCGACAAUCUUCAGAUAAUUGUGUGAUUUUGACAAAAUGUGUCGUGUUGUUUUUGUGUUUUUUAUUUUUUGUUUCAGUUAUGGAUUGUGUUUUAUUAAUUUAGCGGAUAUAGAAUGCGGUAAGAACAUCGCCCGCAGCGCACGCAUCGUCGGUGGUGAGGACAGCUUACCCGCGGAGUUCCCCUGGGCUGCUAGUGUAUGGAGACAGGGGGCUCAUCAGUGUGGGGCUACCGUGUUGAGCGAUAGGUGGCUACUUACUGCGGGGCAUUGUGUUUGCAGUGUGUUCGAUGAAUUCUACAAAUCUAAGCAGCUGACCGUAGUUGCGGGGUACACAGACAUAUCGACUAGAGAUGGAAAUGAAGCCAUAUCGAGGAUCAUACCCCAUCCUGAUUACAAAUGUAAUAGAAAGUCAAAUGACGUAGCCUUACUGAAGACUGCUCGGCAACUGCGCUGGUCUACUGGGCUGCAACCUGCCUGUCUGCCGAACUCACCAGCUCAGGACUUCAGCGGCACUUCAGCUACGGUCGCUGGAUGGGGUUUCACGAAUGAAGAUAGGGAGAAAGGAGCAAGACCCAACGUCUUACAGAAGACAGAAGUGACAGUGGUAACCAAUGACGAGUGCAAUAGCUGGUACAAAUCCCAAGGCAGCAAAGUGAAGGUGAUUUCCACUCAGAUGUGCGCAGGCCAUGAAAUAGGUGGACGUGACUCUUGCUGGGCUGAUAGCGGUGGUCCCCUCAUGAUCAAGGAUGAGAAACGUCAUGUGAUGGUGGUAGGAGUGGUUUCAACUGGCAGCGGCUGUGCCAGACCAAAGAUGCCUGGAGUCUACACUAGAAUAUCUAGAUAUACUGACUGGAUCAUCCAAAGUAUUAAUGGUGAUAAAGCUAGAAAUGGACUGAGUUGGUAUCCAAAUUUUGCAAGCUUUUUUGGUUGAAGAUACGCUGAUAUUAGUUAUGGUAAUGUCUAUGCUGAUGUAGAAGAAGAUUGAUUAGUGAAUGUAAGCAUUUAAUGUGAUCAAUCAUGUACAAUGUUGUUUUACGGUUAUAGCAAACUUUGUAUUCGACUAGGGAUAAUGCACAGUUAAGGAUAUGGUAAAAGAACUUCAUGUCUUGUGAUACUUGUUUUAAUAGAUUUUAAGAUGUAAUUCGAUGAAAUGUAAAUAAAAAUAAGUAAAUAAUGGACAGUAAAAUUAGAUCAUUAAAAUGUUCUAUUUGGAGAUAAAAGUAUAUAACAUAAGUCGGAUUAUUAAAAUAGAUCGUAAGAAAUAAUGUUUACUAACGUCAAAGAAAUGUCUGUGAUAUUAAAUUUUAAGACCAUUGUGAGAAUAACUGUACUUAGUUACAAUAAUAAAAGUUUAAAUCGACAA